AUGUCAGUGGUUGCCAGGCGUCUUACAACAUUCAUGACCAGUAAUGGGUACAUUGACACAUCAGCACAGAAGGGAGGUGUUCCAGGAUUCUCUGGCUGCAUUGAACACACAUGCGCUAUUAGCCAGUUAAUCAGGGAAGCUAAGAUCAACAAGACAGAUCUCACAGUUGUAUGGCUGGAUCUAGCAAAUACGUAUGGCACGGUACCCCACCAGGUAAUAGAGUUUGCUCUGAAACACCACCAUGUACCAGAACAUAUUCAGAGCAUUGUCAGAAGCUACUACAGAAACAUCAACAUGCGCUUCACAACAAAGAACUUUACAACAUCCUGGAUACAGCUUCAGAAGGGGAUUGUAACCGGCUGCACAGUGUCAGUAGUACUGUUCAUCGCCGCUAUGAAUCUCAUCAUCAAAGCCGGAGACAGGGAGUCAAGGGGACCGAAGACCCAGACAGAUAUCAGACUUCCACCACAGAGGGGAUUUAUGGAUGAUCUGACUAUCACAACAGAGUCCCACAUACAAGCUCGAUGGAUCCUAUCAGCCCUUGAAGAUGUUGUGUCAUGGGCUAGAAUGGCCUUCAAACCAAGGAAGUCAAGAUUUCUUAUCUUGAGAAGAGGCAAAGUCUGGCAGAAGACAACACUCAGGGUACAGGGCGAGGAUAUCCCAUCACUUAUUGACAACCCCGUCAAGUGCUUGGGUAAAUGGUUUGACACCACACUGGGUGAUAGCAGAAAUAACACAGAGCGCAUCAGGCAGCAACUGAGGAAUGGGCUUGCAAAGAUUGAGGGAACAGGCCUACCAGGGAAGUUCAAGGCAUGGCUUUUUCAGCAUGGCCUCCUGCCCCGUCUUCUGUGGCCACUAAUGUUGUAUGAGAUCCCAACAUUGACGGUUGAUAGCUUGGAAAGCAUGAUAAACAAGAGCCUGAGACGAUGGUUCGGACUUCCAUCAUGUAUGACAAGUAUUGGACUCUACAACAGAACCGGAAUGUUGCAGCUCCCUCUUUCAUCAAUUGUAGAGGAGUACAAAGUUAGUAAGGCAAGGCUCGUGUUGACCCUACGAGACUCUAGUGACGUGAGCAUUAGAAAUGCAGCGAUAGAGGUCAGAACUGGAAGAAGAUGGUCAGCAUCGAAUGCAGUUGAGCAGGCAGAGAGUCGACUGAGACAUCAAGACAUAGUGGGAACAAGUUGUCAAGGUAGACAGGGACUCGGCUUGAACACAAGACAACCGUGGAGUUCAGCCACAACAGUCCAAAGAAGAGAACUUGUUCAGAGCGAAAUCCGAAAGGAAGAAGAAGAGAUAAGAAAGUUCCUGAUCCGGGCAGUUUAUGAUGUCUUGCCAACACCGGCGAAUCUCCAGAGAUGGGGGCUGAUAGAGACAGCAGAAUGCACCCUAUGUGGAGGAAGAGCUACCCUGGACCACAUCCUGUCCUCGUGUAAGGAAGCACUUGCCCAGGGGAGAUAUCGCUGGAGACAUGGCCAGGUACUCCGAGAGGUAGCGGAUACACUUGAGAGACACAAGAAGAAGGCACGAGUACAUGCAGGGGCAAAGCACAUCAACUUUGUACCAGCAGGGACAGUAAUGAAGGGUACAAAGGGAGGACAUCCGAGUAUCCUAGACGGCACAAACGACUGGGAACUACGGGCAGAUCUUGGGAAACAGCUGCAGUUUCCAGACAUUGUCCACACUACCCUACGUCCAGACAUUGUGAUGGUCUCCGAAAAGACAAAGAAGAUCAUCCUGGUAGAGCUGACUGUACCGUGGGCAGAAAGAUGUACUCAGGCACAUGAGAGAAAGAAGGCCAAGUACGAAGAUCUCGUCCAGGAAUGGUUUCCUGCACCAUCGCUGGGAAAGAUGUUCCAGGAUAUGGGAAUAGUGGGACAGGCGAGAAAGCUGGCCAUUAAGAAGGUAUCACAGGCAGCAGAAAGAAGCUCCAGCUGGCUGUGGCUAAGGAGGAACGCCAGUAGCUGGAAGCCAUCCACUAAUGGGUAG